UUGGUUAGAACUUUGUGCCCUAAUAAUCUAUCCAUAGUUCUUUCACAAAGCUGUAACAGAGAACAACGUGAGCUCAUCCUCCACCGUGAGGACGGUUCAUCCUCCACAGCGUGAGUUCAUCCUGCACCGACAUCAAGCUACAGCACCACCGUGAGUUCUAGGUUCUUGUCAUUUUCUGUGAACCAACUGCGGUAAAAGUUAAUACCAUUCGCAGCAUUGCAUCUCAGAUAAUGAACAGAGAAAGUUUGACUCGGCUGAUAUUAGUGGUGCAAAAUCAAAUGACAAAUCAAGCUCAGAAAGCUGUGGAUCUUUUCUCCUUCAAAGUUGAAAUAUUCCAAAUUACCGACUUGCUUGUUAACAUUACAAAGCAUGUGUUAAAGCCAACGCAUCGAGUACUUAAUGAUAAGGAGAAGCAGAACCUCUUGAAGAAGUUUAGUUUGGAAGAAAAACAGAUUCCUCGGAUGCUACAAAAAGAUGCAAUUGCACGGUAUUACGGACGGGAGAAGGGGCAAGUGGUGAAAGUUAGUUACAGUGAUGAAAUUACAGAGUCUCAUGUCACUUAUCGCUGUGUUUGGUGAUGCGUGUAUUGUCCAUUUUCAGGAUUUUCUGUCUGACUAUAUAUCAUCUGUGUUAACUCAUGCUGAAACUUUGGUUGGUAGAAGUUAAUAGGUCUAUGAUCUUCAUGUUCUUUUAUUAUGUCGACAUUGAUGCUGUUGGCGGGAAUUUCAAGUAUGUGUGUGCUUGUUAAUAUAUAUUGCAGCUUGUGAAUUGUGUUAUUUUUUA